AUGUCGUUCGUUUACAUCGUUCCGCUCAGCAUAUACCCAUUCGCGAUGCUAGCUGCUGGAGCAAAUGUCAACUACGCCGACCCGCAGCUUCCGAAGAUAUGGGCGAGAGGCGACUACGCUACGAAGUCUGCGUUUGUAAUCGCAGCCGAGGAAUCUUCUCUCCACGCGUUACCGAAAGUUUUGAACGGUUUGUUCAUCAUAUCGGCAUACACUACAGCCAACACCGAUCUCUACGCCGCAUCUCGUAGCGUGUUUAUGCUUUCACAGCAGUACCUUCCAAGCAAUAUCGCAAAGGUCUUUGGUCGAACUAACAAUGGGCAUACACCUUUGGCGGCCAUCUUGCUGUGCUCAGCACUCGGGUUCUUGUCUUUGAUAGGCUUGGCGGACAAGACUGGCUCACAGCCGCGUAUUACACUCUCCGAACUGUACACAGGCACUGCGGCAUGCAUCUAUCUCACUCUUUGCAUCACCUUCUUGCGCUUCAAAGCUGGCCUUGACCGCUUAGCGAGGCGGCAGAUCUUCGGUCGCAAUCACCCGCUCUACAUAUCACGCCUGUUCAAGUCCCGAUGGCAACCACUGCCUGCAUAUAUCGGGAUCUUCGGAAGCGCCUUUGUCCUUGUAUGGUCUGGCGUUCCGCCACUGGUCAUUCUUGUUGCGAAAGGCAGCCUCACUUCCACGGACAACUUGAAAUCUACCAUCAGCCUGGCUUUCGACGUUCUUGGUGCAUAUAUCGGCCCCUUCUUGUUCGGAUCUUUGUAUCUCUCGUACAAGUACAUAUUCCCCCGAACAUCCAGAGUUGACCUUCGCAACCUUACGGUGGAAGACUACGUCCUGGAAGAUCUAUCCAGCAUCGAGCUCGAAGGCCCAGUCUCCGUACCUCCAGUGCCGCGACAUCGGUUUGGUUCGUACGAGAUGGACGCCCAGCACGAUGGCAUUGUGAGUCCUCUGAGCACCUUUGAAGACCCGUUCAAGCAGGAGCAGGUGCAUCUCAGUGUGAGCAUGGAUCCCAUGAUGCAGGAGGAGAUGGAAGCGGAGGCUUCGAGGAACAACGAAAGAGCGCGGAUAGAGCAGAUUUUGGAGAGAAGACCAGCGCGGUUGGCACGUGGAGUGUGGCGCGAAAUCUGGAGCUUUGUAAUUACGGAUAAGGACUAA